GUGAGAUCAGAAUUGCCGCCCGCCAGCAAAUAUGACUCACUGACUUAUCAAAACGAAUCUGAAUUCUGAAUUCUCCUUCAGUUCAACUUCGAUCUAUUUGCCACGGCAAGCGAUUCCUCUCUUGCCUUGCCGCCAGCUGAAAUUCCUCCCUCCCACCAGGCUACGCCUCUUGUCCGACCACCGCCCGCCGUCCGUCGCCGGCAACUCACUCUUUCUUUCCCGUACUUUCCCCGCGAAACUCAGCAGCGAUCAGGGGAGCUUAGAACGUUGGAGACGCCUUAUUUUCUGGGGAAGUCCACCGAGAAACAGCGUAGCAACGGUCACUGAAGAGAGGAUUUGAAAGAGGGUGGUCGUUAUGAAACUGUCGCCAGUAUGUUUUCUGCUUGUGGUGCUUGCAUUGGCAUUGGGUCACUCCACAGCUGGACUCCCGUUGAAGAAAAAAGAGGAUGCUUAUGUGACCCUGUUGUAUGGAGAUGAGUUCCUGCUUGGAGUUAGAGUUUUAGGGAAGUCGAUUAGAGACACUGGAUCGAGGAAGGAUAUGGUGGCUUUGGUUUCAGAUGGGGUCUCAGAUUAUGCCAAGAAGCUGCUUGAGGCUGAUGGGUGGAUGGUGGAGACAAUAAGCUUAUUAGCAAAUCCUAAUCAAGUUCGACCGACGAGGUUCUGGGGUGUAUACACAAAGCUUAAAAUCUUCAACAUGACCAAUUACCGUAAAGUGGUAUAUCUUGAUGCAGACACUAUUGUGGUAAAAAACAUCGAGGAUCUCUUCAAAUGUAGCAAGUUCUGUGCGAAUUUGAAGCAUUCUGAAAGGCUUAAUUCUGGAGUCAUGGUGGUGGAGCCAUCUGAAGUGGUUUUCAGUGAUAUGAUGACCAAAGUGAACACAAUGUAUUCUUACACUGGAGGAGACCAGGGGUUCCUGAAUUCAUAUUUCCCAGACUUCCCAAAUGCGCAUCUUUUCCAGCCUGGUUUAUCCAAGGAAGAGUUGGAUUCUAGACCUACACCUAAUAUGGAGAGACUGUCUACCUUGUACAAUGCAGAUGUUGGUCUCUACAUGCUUGCUAACAAGUGGAUGGUUGAUGAGAGUGAACUCCGUGUUAUUCACUAUACCCUUGGUCCCCUUAAACCCUGGGAUUGGUGGACUUCUUGGCUGCUGAAACCCGUGGAUGUGUGGCAGAAUGUCCGAGUGAAACUUGAGGAAACCCUUCCUGGUACUAAGGGUGGCAAGAAUCCCCACGACCAACUACUAGUUAAUUUCCUUUUUGUUUUGCCACUGUUUGCACUAGCCCUCUGCUACUACCAAUCUUUUUCCCAGUCACUUUGGCAGGCUCGCAUGCUUUGCAGGGGUUCUGUAUUUGAUCAUAUCAGACACCUGUAUUACAGGAUUAGAUCCAAUGGAGCACUUGCCUAUAAUGGUGUUUCUUCGUCCUCUCCCAUCAAUUUUACACAACAGACUGUAUUGGUGCAACAGUGCAAGUGGCCUGCUUAUCUGGUUGGACUUUCUGUCGGUGCAUGUUUUAUGGCUGCAUUGAUGUCCCUUGGAAUUAGUGUUGCAAUUGUGCCACAUCAAGUAAUGCCAUGGACUGGUUUGCUCUUAAUGUACGAGUGGACAUUCACUCUCUUCUUGGUUCUAUUCGGAGGGUUUCUCCAUUUGAUCUACCUGUGGGGAAGGACAGCAGCAAUGCAAGCAGCACCACAUUCCUCUGAUUCUGAAUCAUCAUACGACUCCGGAAAAGGUCAUCAACGGUCAGCAUCCUCUUAUGAUCUUGGUGUGUGGUUUUAUUGGGCGGGGAUGGCCUUUUUGGCCAUUGGAGUCCCUUCGUUGCCCCAUAUUUUUGGCGUUACUGCACUAUUCGCAAGGUUGGGGUUGAUUGUUGCCGGAGGGAUGAUUUUGGCUUCGUUCAUGACAUACGCGGCAGAGCAUCUCUCAAUCAGGUCAUACCUGAAAGGCUUUGAAGAUCGGGACAUAACACGAGGGAGAAGCCUAUGUUAGUUAUGCUGACUGAUGAUAGUGAUCGUAGUUAAGCUUCUUCUUGGAAUUCUUUGUUUGUACCAUCGAAUGUGUAUUUUAACAUGUAACAUGCUGAUGAGUACGGAUUUUUGUAUGUUAUGGAAAGGCCAUUUGAUGGCAAUUUGAUGUUGAGCUCUUGAAGUUUGUGGUGGCGUUUAUCCAAUUAUGUAAAUGCACUUUCCGGGUUUGGAGAGUGUAUAGAUGAUGAGUUGGAGUUGCUUUUGAUGUUGAGCUCAACCAAUACAACGUUACCAUAGCAUGUAGUAUUUUAUCAAAUAUGAUGUUAGGAUAGGGUUAGAAAGUUUUGUAUUGUGGUUGUGGUAUUUUCACUUCAAAUUGAUUAAAUACUCAUUUAGAC